CUUUUGCUCUUUUUAAAUAAUACAUUUUUGAUUGCCCUUAUCAAGCAAUUGCUUGUUCAAAAUAUCCUUUUUAACUGGCAAUGCGCUACUUCUAUCUAUAAAAAUAGAAACUGACUUUUCUGCUAUCCCUCAACUGUUUGCAAUUCAUUUCAGUUUUCAAUGUAUUUCAAAGACUAUUGGUAUUGAUCAGGUACAACUUACUCCUGUGUCGCUCAUUACUCUAAUGACAGAGUUGAAAUCAUUCCAAGCAAUCAAGGUAAUAAGAGCACUUGCUCUUAUCUAGCCUUCACAGACACUGAAAAGCUAAUUGAUGAUGCAGCCAAAAACCCAAGCUGCAAUGAACCCUAAAAACACUGUUUUUGAUGCUAAACAACUCAUCGGCCGAAAAUUUCAUGACGAUGAAGGCGAUAAACCCAAUAUCAAAGUCGGGUUUAAAGGCGAAGUUAAGGUUUUCACCCCUGAAGAAAUCUUCUCCAUGGUUUUGAACAAAAUGAGAGAAACCGUUGAAUCGUAUUUAGGAACAACUGUGAAGGAUGUCGUCAUCACUGUCCCUGCAUAUUUCAAUAAUUCUCAGAUACAGGGCACUAAAGAUGCUGCUUUAAUUGCAGGUAUGAAUGUCUUGCGAAUCAUCAACGAGCCCACUGCUGCUGCAAUUGCUUACGGGCUAGAUAAGAAGAGCUCUGGCUCAAAAGAACAUGAAGUUCUCAUCUUUGAUUUAGGCGGUGAAACUUUCGAUCUAAAAUUCAAAAAAAGUAUCUCAUUCAACCAAAGAUCAUUGCGUUGUCUUCGAACUGCUUGCGAACAAGCAAAGAAAACUUUAUCCUCCUCGGCUCAAGCUACUGUUGAGUUUGAUUCAUUAUAUAAAGGGCGAGAUUUGAUAUACAGAGACUUGUUUAGAUCAACUUUAGGACCCGUUGAAAGAGUUUUGAAGAAUGCAAAACUCGAUAAAUCUCAAAUUAAAGAAAUCGUUUUGGUUGGUGACUCAACAAGAAUUCCAAAAGUUCAAAGACUCCUCUAUGAUUUCUUUAACGGCAAACAGCUCAAUAAAUCAAUUAACCCAGAUGAAGCUGUCGCAUAUAGUGCAAUAGUUCAAGCUGCAAUCUUAACUGGAGACACUUCGUCAAAGACUCAAGAUUUAUUACUAUUAUUAGAUUUCACUCCAUUAUCAUUGGGUAUUGAAACUGUAGGUGGCGAAAGAGCAAGGACUGGGAAUAAUAACUUGUUGGGUAAAUUUGAAUUUUCAGGUAUUCCCUUUGCUCCAAGAGGUGUUUCUAAAAUUGAAGUUACUUUUAACAUUGAUGCUAAUGGUAUUUCAAAUGUCUCUGUAAUUGAAAAGGGCACUGGUAAAUCGGGUACAAUUACAGUUACACGUAAUAAAGGCAGAUUAUCAAAAGACGAUAUUGAAAGAAUGGUAUCUGAAGUCAAAAAAUUUAAAAAAGAAGAUGAAAAAGAAGCGAAUUUCAAAGAAAAGAUAUCAGAAGAUAAAUGUGAAAAAACCUCAAAAGCUACCCAAGAAACUAUUAGCUGGUUGGACAAUUCUCAAUCUGCUUCAAAUAAAGAGUAUAAUGGCAAGAAAAAAGAAUUGAAAGAAAUUGUAACAAGUCUUUUUUUCAAGUGUCAUUGA